AUGAAUAUUGAAUCUCAAGACUUUAGAUAUCGAGAUAAUAAAAAUUAUUAAAGUCUUUCUAAAUUGUAAGUAUGCAUAUAAUAUUAUAUUCAAAUAGAUUUUGGUUGUUGGAGAUGGUCAGACAGGGAAAUCUUCAUUAGUUAACAUUUUGACUUAUAGAAAAUAUCCUGAUAAGAUGUAAGGUAAGGUAUGUAAACAGCCAUAUAAAACAUAAGGAUGUGAUAUAAGGAUGGCUUUAAGAAAUGAUUUUACAUAAAAACAAUAAUUUUUAUUGUAAAUUUUAGAUCUUUCUGGAGAUAAGGCUUAAAGAUAAUAUUUAGAUGUUUAUAUAUCAAGAUUAAAAUUGAAUGGUAUAAUAUUCUGUUUUGAUGUGACUAAUUUGAAGACUUUAGAUAAUCUUCGAAAAUGGAUUCAACGAUUAACAAUAAAGAGUGUAAUUCAUGAAGAAAAUGAAGAAGUAUUGGAAACAGAUAAUAGUGAAUUUUCAAGAUAGAGUAGCAUUGCUAUAUAAGAUGAAUAGGAUUGUUUAUUAAAUUAUAAUAGUUAUAAAGGAAUUCCAAUGGAUGAGAUUUUAUAAAUUCCUUUUAUUUUUGUUGGUUGUAAAAUGGAUUAGAUUCCAAUGGAUAAAUAAGUUAGAUUACGAUAAUAGAUUUCAGAGAGAGUACAAUAAAUAAAGUUAUAAGUAGAUCCAAUAAGUAUAUAAAAGAUCAAAUACAGUUAUUUUAUUAAGUACCAUAAAACCUGUAACAUAUUCAGAUUAAUAUAAAUAAUUGGAAGAGUGUAUAUUAAGAAUUAAACAAAAAGAUAAAUUGGAAGAAUUCUUUAUAAGAGAAAAGAUUCAAUCAAAAAUGAUGAAGUUGGAUGAAUCUUUCUGGAAAUCCACUAUUUAAACUCCAUUUGAAUAAAAAUAUUAAUUGUUUUGUGUUUAUAUGAAACAUUUUUGGUAAAGAUUGAUGUGUAAAAAGAGAAAAUAAUGA